AUGGCUCCUCGCAGCUCCAUGUUGGCCGCUGCCGGCAUCGCGGCUGGUGGGUACAUGGCUGCGCAGGCCUUCGUGCCUGGUGUCGCGGGGCCUGCGGUGAGCAACGAAGCCGGGGCAAGCCUGCGCGGAGCCGCAGCGGCCCCAGCACCUCAGGGCUCCGGCAGCGUGCUGCCUUUGAUGGGCCUCGUCGGAGUGGGAGCCGUGGCUGCAGGGCGCGCAGGACGCAUGGCCCGACGGGCAGAGCCUGUGUCCGCCGCUGCAGCAGCAGCUGCCGCCAAGGCAGGGGCGGCCGCCGCUGCCAAGGGUGCCGCCGCUGCCAAGGGUGCAACUGCAACCACUUCCGCCGUUGCCGGCUCUGCUGGCGCCGGAUCCCUCUCCAAGGGCGAAGGUGUUGCAGGCAAGGGCAGCGGCAGCCCCUCCUUUGAUCCCUCCACUCAGAUUGGUGCCAUGGAUCCUCUCGGCUUUUUCGACCCCGCCGGCUUCUGCAAGAAGGGCGAUGAGGCCGGCUUCCGCAACUUCCGUGCCGCUGAGAUCAAGCACGGCCGUGUGGCCAUGAUGGCAGCACUGGGUGCAGUUGCGCAGCACUACAUCAAGUUCCCUGGCUUCGAGUCCGUGCCUUCCGGCCUUGCUGCUUCCAUCACUGCGCCCGGCAGCUAUGGCUUCGUGGCCCUCUUCGGCCUGAGCGGCAUCCUCGAGUUGGCUGCUUGGACCGAGAGCGAUGACAAGGAGCCGGGCAACUUCGGCGACCCGCUGGGCCUGAACCAGUACAACCAGGAGAUGCGCGAGAGGGAGAUCAACAACGGCCGCUUUGCCAUGUUCGCGGCGCUGGGUAUCAUCGCUGCAGAGCUCUACACUGGCAAGGAUGCAAUUGAGCAGUUCGGGCUGUGA